AGUGAAGUUGAGCUUUCCAACAGAGACAAACAUUAGAUGAACAGAGUUAUGGGAUAGAUACGUAUUGUUAGUGGGAGGUGGUAAGUAUCCUGUAGAAUUAGUCAAAAUACGCACAAGCUGACUCAAACACUACGGUCAGUGAAAGGUGUCAAGUAUCUCACAAAAUUAGUCGAGGGGCGCAUAAGUUGGUCCAGACACCAUGGUUAGUGGAGGUGGCGAAUUAGUCGAGGUACGCAUAAGUUGAUCCAGAUACCACGGUUAGUGAAGGUGGCAAAUUAGUCGAGGUGUGCAUAAGUUGGUCCAGACACCACGGUUAGUGAAGGUGGCAAAUUAGUCGAGGUGCGCAUAAGUUGGUCCAGACACCACGGUUAGUGGAGGUGGCAAGUAUCCCGUGAAAUCAGUCGAGGUGCGCACAAGCUGUUUCGAACAUUACGGUUAGUGAAAGGUGUCAAGGUAUCCUGCAAAAUUAGUCGAGGUGCACAUAAUUUGGUCUAGACACAACGGUUAGUGGAGGUGGCAAGUAUCCCGUAAAAUUAGUUGAGGUGCGCACAAGCUGUUUCGACCAUUACGGUUAGUAGAGGGUGUCAAGUAUUCGGUAGAAUUAGUCGAGGUGCGCACAAGCUGAUCCGGACAUCACAGUUAGUGCGAGAUGUCAAGUAUCUCGUAGAGUCGAGGUGCGCACAGUUGAGGACAAACUGAUUCAGACACCACGAUUAGUGGGAGGUGUCAAGUAUCCCAUAUAAUUAGCCGAGGUGCGCACAAGUCGAUCCGAACACCAUUAUUAUAAAAAAAAAAAAGAUUUUUUAAAACCAAAAUAUCUUAGCAUGUCAUACUCAAGACGUGGAUGAUAACCAUUGUCCAACAAAAGGAUAAGAAAUGUGUGCUCAUUAAUCAUUUUCUCAUCAUAUAUACCAAUCUCCCAUCCUAAAAGUAUCAUUUUACUUCCCAACAAAACCUCCAUCACUUUACCAUAGCAAAAAAAAUGGCUUCUUCCAUAGCUGGUGUUAAUCUCACAACUCCAGCAAUCCUCUCCAAAUCAUCCGAUUUCCCGAAAAUCCAUCCCUUCAACUUCCCAACACUAAACAAUCCAUGGAAGAACAAGAACAGAAAGAUGUACGUAGCACCAUUAUCAGCAACACCGGAUAACAAGCUAUCUGAUUUAGUCGCGGAGAGUGUCAAAGAAGCAGAACAAGCGUGUGCUGACGAUCCGGUGAGCGGUGAAUGUGCAGCAGCAUGGGAUGUGGUGGAAGAGGCAAGUGCAGCAGCAAGUCAUGCAAGGGAUAGGAAGAAGGAAUCAUCUGAUCCAUUGGAGAAUUACUGCAAGGAUAAUCCGGAAACUGAUGAAUGUCGUACUUAUGAUAAUUGAUCGAUAGUUCUCUGUGUUGUUUUCUGUUUUCCUCAAAUGGUGAUUUGAUAAGUAAUACUCUGUGUUUUGAAUCUCCAUGGAUGUGAUCUCUUGCCACAGUUUCAACUUAUGUGAUAUAGUUUGAAUCAAUACGAGUGUUCUACUUGAGUC